AUGCAUCGUUUGCUCACAUCCGCUGCAGACGCGCUGCAGUUUUCUCGUGCAGCAAAUGUUAUCCUCAAAAGGCCAUGCGCUGCAGCUGCAGCUGGUACUGUUCGCUUUGCCUCAUCUCAGGACUGUAUUGCAAAAGAGGACAAAUACGGGUGCCAUAAUUACAAACCCAUUCCAGUGGCACUAAAAGAACAGGCUGAUGUGCUAACACUAACCUCGCGAGCAUUCUAUAACAAUCUGUUGGGUGAUUACGAAGCUUUUCUGACCGAUGUAUUCGGCUAUGAUAAGGUGUUACCGAUGAACAGCGGUGUUGAAGCUUGUGAAUCGGCUGUAAAACUGGCACGACGAUGGGCGUAUGAUGUGAAAAAAGUUCCCAAAAAUAAAGCAAAAAUGGUUUUCGCAGAGAAUAAUUUCUGGGGCCGCAGUAUUGCAGCAAUCUCGGCUUCGACCGACCCAGAGAGCUAUGGUGGUUACGGCCCAUUUGUACCAGGAUUCGAAACUGUCCCAUACAAUAACUUAGAGGCUCUAGAGGUUUGUUUAACGUGGAGCCCUUCAAGAAAUAUAUCGCUAUUUGUUGUCACGCUAGCUGGCUACUUUCCCCCUUCCGUUUUUUCGUGUCUUUCUCUUUUCCUUUUCCAUUAAGC